UGUUCCGGCCGGGCGGCCAGUGGUCACAGGGAGAUGGCAGCUGCCUGGCGCUGGCGGCAGCGAUUGAGCUGGGCAGCGGCUCCGGCCCCCUCCCGGCGCGGGGGAGCGGGGUGAUGGGAUCGGGCCGCUCGCCCGCCGCCUUUCCGGUUGAGGAAGGUGCAGAGCAUGGAGAAUGAUGAACUUCCGCCAGAGGAUGGGAUGGAUUGGUGUGGGGUUGUAUCUGUUAGCAAGUGCUGCAGCUUUUUACUAUGUCUUUGAAAUCAAUGAGACUUACAACAAACUAGCACUGGAGCACAUUCAACAGCACCCUGAGGAGCCACAAGAAGGAACCACAUGGACACACUCCUUAAAAGCACGACUGCUGUCCCUGCCUUUUUGGCUCUGGACUAUAAUAUUUUUAAUACCAUAUUUACAAAUGUUUUUGUUCCUUUAUUCCUGUACAAGAGCUGACCCCAAAACUGUGGGCUAUUGCAUCAUUCCGAUCUGCCUGGCUGUUGUUUGCAAUCGGCACCAAACAUUUGUGAAGGCCUCUAAUCAGAUCAGUAGAUUACAGUUGAUUGACACUUAAUUCAAUCUCCGGUUUCAAUAGUUGCUUCAGGAACAACACCUAUGUCUGACCUAAUCACAAGACUGAAGUUCUGACUGGAGGAUGGAAAGAGCCUUUCCUUUCAAAUGGCUAAAUACUAAACAGUAGUUGCUUUCUAUCUAAAAAAGAGAGCUUUUUUUAAAGCAUGGACCUAUCCUACUAGCCAAAAUAGCAGAGCCCUGUGAGAGACUUGAUGCCUUAUGAUGCAAAAUUGCCACUAUCCCUCUGAAGUAUCUUGGGGAAGUAUGCUUCUGCAAUCAUACUCCACUGUGCAAAAAAGAUUACAUGCAAGCUUUCCCUAUGAAUCAAUGAAAAUGGACACUUUUGUGGUAAAUGUAAAAGAUUAGAACAUGCUGAUAAAAGCUGCAUUUAACACAUUACUUUGCUUUCUCCUUUUUUAAAUACUAUUGCACGCUUAGAAUUCUGAAUUAUCCUUUUAAAAAGAUAAGAAUGAAGUAUGGCUGAACAGCUUUUUAGUGAGGAUAGUCCUUUUCUUUCAGUCACUGAGUUAUAGGUCACACAAUACUAUAUUUUAUUAGGCAGAAGUUGGGAUGUGGUCGAGGCCCAGAGGUGUGAUGCCUUUAACAUCUUUUCAUUGAUGCCAAAGAGGGGCUGGUAACUGGCAGUGGACUAGAGGUUCUACAAAACUCAUUUUUCUUUUUCUUCUCCCUACUUUUCUCUUAAUGGUACUGAGUUCACUUGCUGAAUGGUAACUGAGUGCUUCAUUGCGUGAGUGGAACUAGAACAGCUUUUGGUGAAUGAACUACUAUAAAAAUGGGAGAAUAAGAUGUGUCCAUCAACUCUUUGCUGAAAACCAGUGAGAUGCAAAC